GCGUACGCUCCAGCCAGAAGAUAGAAGAGACCAGCAGAUCAGCACCUCUCCGAACGAAAACACAGCCUGCUACAUGACUGCUAUCCAUUCAGAGGAAAAAGUCGUACACGUAGACAAGUAGUGCUCGCGGCAGUCGUGUGCGGUUUUUUUACGGUUCUCUUCCGCGGAGAAAUUACCGGGUUAGAUCCGUCGGAACACGGUUAAAAGUGAGGUCAUUGGGAUGCGAGUGACCAACAUCCGGCGGGGCCGCAUCGCCCGGAUCGCCGUAACGGCGCUGGUGCUGGUGUUUAUACUGUACAUGAUCGCGACCUGGUCCGGGGUUGAUCACCGGACGGUUAAGGAUGCGUACAAUGCCCGGUUCGCUGCACGGGUUGCCGGCGGAGACCGGCAGGAACGGGUGGACCACAGUAACGUGUAUCCGGUGCUGAUUGAAGGUCUCGGCAACUUCGAGCCAAAGGAGGUGGAACGUCGCGACGGUCCCGGCGAGGGUGGCAAGGCUUACGUCCUGCCGGAAGACCAACAGAACCGUGCGUCGGACGCCGAGAUGGAGUACGGUAUGAACAUUGUUGUUUCGGACACGAUCUCCCUCGAUCGAACCAUUCGGGACACCCGGCUGGAGGAGUGCAAACACUGGGACUAUCCGUACGAUCUGCCCACGACCAGCGUGAUCGUGGUGUUCCACAACGAGGGAUUUUCGGUGCUGAUGCGAACGGUCCACUCGGUGCUGAAUCGGUCGCCGAAACACGUGCUCAAGGAGAUUAUUCUGGUGGACGAUUAUUCGGACAAGGAAGACUUGAAGGAAAAGUUGGAGAAUUAUAUCGAGCGGUUCGAUGGAAAGGUUAAGCUGAUUCGGAACGCAGAGCGCGAGGGAUUGAUCCGGACGAGAUCGCGCGGGGCGAAGGAAGCGAGCGGGGAGGUGAUUGUGUACUUGGAUGCGCAUUGUGAGGUUAACACGAACUGGUUGCCGCCGCUGUUGGCGCCAAUCUAUCGGGAUAAUACGGUGAUGACGGUGCCGGUGAUCGAUGGGAUCGAUCACAAGUCGUUCGAGUAUCGGCCGGUUUAUGCGGAUGGACAUCACUAUCGCGGCAUCUUCGAGUGGGGCAUGCUGUACAAGGAGAACGAGGUGCCGCGGCGGGAGGCCAAGCGACGCAAGCACGACAGCGAGCCGUACAAGAGUCCGACGCACGCCGGCGGACUGUUCGCCAUCAACAGGGAGUUCUUCCUGAAGAUCGGGGCGUACGAUCCGGGCCUGCUGGUGUGGGGCGGAGAGAACUUCGAGCUGAGCUUCAAGAUUUGGCAGUGCGGUGGUUCGAUCGAGUGGGUGCCGUGUUCGAGGGUGGGUCACGUGUACCGUGGCUUUAUGCCGUACAACUUUGGCAAGUUGGCGAACAAGAAGAAGGGACCGCUGAUUACUAUUAAUUAUAAGCGGGUUAUUGAGACGUGGUUCGACGAGCAGUACAAGGAGUACUUUUACACGCGGGAACCGUUGGCUCGGUUUUUGGACAUGGGCGAUAUUAGCGAGCAGUUGGCGUUGAAGGAGAGGUUGCAGUGCAAGAGCUUCCAGUGGUACAUGGAUAAUGUGGCUUAUGACGUGCUGGACAAGUAUCCGGCGCUGCCGGCGAAUCUGUUCUGGGGCGAGCUGAAGAACUCGGGCACGGAAAAGUGCGUGGACGCGUUGGGACGGCAACCGCCGGCGAUAAUUGGGUUGCAGCACUGUCACGGCCAGGGCCACAACCAACUCAUUCGGUUGAACGCCGCCGGUCAGCUGGGAGUCGGCGAACGCUGCAUCGAAGCGGAUAACCAGGGCAUCAAGCUGGCCUUCUGCCGGUUGGGCACGGUCGACGGGCCAUGGCAGUACGAUGAAACGACCUCGACGUUGCUCCACCGGACGUACAAGAUGUGCAUGGGCUAUCAUCCGCAGACGCGAGCGCUGGCUCUGAUGCCGUGCGACGUGCACAACGCGUACCAGUCGUGGAAGUUCCACACGAUCACACCGCGGUGGUAGUCUGGGCGAUACAUUCCACCGUAAUUCCACUCUCUCUCCUUUUCUACUACGAGGCACAAUAUAAUUAGAAAAAAAUAUCUCUUGAGAGUUUGGCGCAGCUCGAAGCAAAACAGUCUGUACAUAUUCGAAACAACAGUUUUUUCUCGUUAGAAUUUUUCCACUAAAUCGUUAGAUCAAAGUAAAGAACCGUCGUCUUGUACAUAGAGACAAUUGUGACGACGAAGCUGUUAGAUAAUUAUUUGUGUUUUCUUCUUUAAAAAAACUUGCCAAAACUGUGCGCAUCCAAAUUUACUUUCCCUCUCCUCGAACCAACCAGUAUCAAUAGAUUAAAACAAACGUAGUGUGUGCCUUCAUUUUCCCCCCUCCCACUAUAAAUCCUGUUGCCUAAGUUUGCUCACCAGACCAGAUCAGUCACUUUGUGACUGAACGGACCAAUUGUUUUUGACUGAAUUCGUGAGGUCUUCUCUAACUCGCCAGAGCAGACCUAGUUUAGAGUUUAAUUUUUAAAUCAUUUAAAAACACAGUUAACUUCCAAACCUCACCCUCACCACGGUGUUGAUGGUCAGAAUGAGGAUAGCGAACAAAACACGAGACAACGAGAGGAGCGCGUGGUGAUUGAAAAAGACAGUUAGAAAUUUGAGUGCAUUUUUUUGUUGUUCGUUUACACGCGUGCGUGGUAAGCAAUCAGACGGAGAAGUAAAUUAGAAGAAAUGAAAUGGACACUAGCGAGUGAGUGAAAAAUAAUUACGUAAGAUAGACGUGACACGUGGGAAGAAGAUUGGGUCGCGGU